AUGGAUUUGGUGGACCCUCCAACUAUAGGAGGAAAGUUUAGUUGGAUCAAUAGAAGUUGUAGAGCGAUGAGCCGAUUCGAUAGACUAUUUCUAUCGGACAAAUUCAUAGUAGAUUGGAAGGUGGAAGGUCAAUCUAUUGGGGAAAGGGAUGUAUCUGAUCACGCGCAAAUUUGGAUUAAAGAUAAUAAGAGGAAUUGGGGCCCAAAACCAUUUAGGUUCAAUAAUCUUUGGUUUGAUCAUGAUAGCUUCUUUAAUUUUGUGGAAUUGGAGUGGAAAAAGAUGUCGGUGAAGGGGAGAGGAGAUUAUUGCUUGGUAGAAAAAUUGAAAGUUCUUAAAGGUUAUAUAGCUAAGUGGAACAAGGAUGUCUUCGGGUGGAUAGAUCUCAAAAUUGAUAACGCGGGAAAAGAGAUGAAUUUUUUAGAUAACCAGUUUGCUCAUUUUGCAGGUAAUGUUCCGGAGGAGAUGGUGCUCGAAAGAUCAAGAGCGAAUAUUGAGUUUUGGGAUAACCUUAAUAAAAAAGAAUGCUUGAUCCGCAAAAAAUCUAGACAACUUUGGUUAUCCAAAGGUGAAUGCAACACUGGUUUUUUUCACAAUUCUCUAAAAGAUAGACGUAGGAGGAACUCUUUAUGCACUCUUGAUUCUAGAAGGGGAAGAUUGGAAGAAGUUAGUGAGGUUAAACAUUUCAUUUUCAACCAUUUCAAGUCUUUUUACAAAGAAGAAGUGGUGGGGAGACAAAAUCUUAGUGGGUUGUCGUUUAAGGAAUUAAACCGGUCGAAGAGCAUAGAUCUUGAGAGAUUGUUUACCAAGAUGGAAAUCAAGGAGGCUAUUUGGGCGUGUGAUGAAUUGAUCCCUAAGAACACCAAUCCCCAAAAUAUAGGCGAGUACCGCCCCAUUUGUUUGGUAGGAAGUAUUUACAAGAUUUUAGCGAAAAUCUUGGCGGCUAGACUGAAAGUUGUUAUAGGUAGUUUGAUUUCCUACAACCAAACCGCUUUUGUGCCGGAUAUGAAUAUGAUGGAUGGAUUUUUAUUGGUGAAUGAGAUAAUUGAUUGGUCUAGAAGAAAUAAAAAAAAGUGUCUUUUGCUUAAGGUGGAAUUCAAAAAGGCUUAUGAUUCCGUUUCUUGGGAAUACAUUAGAGAGAUGAUAAGGAGGAUGGGUUUUGGGGUUAGAUGGAUGAAAUGGAUGGAGGCUUGCAUCUUCACGAGUCACAUGUCUGUUUUAGUCAAUGGGAGUGCAACAAAGGAUUUCAAGGUGCAAAAAGGUUUGAGACAAGGUGAUCCCUUGUCUCCGUUUCUCUUUGUUCCAGCUAUAGAGGGGGAGUGGCUCUUCAAUUCGGCAACGGCGUUUAUUUCUUGCAAGAAAGGUGGGAUCUCUUUCAAAUUAUUAGGAAUCUUGGUGGGGGAGAGUCCUAGAAAGAAGAAAGUUUGGGCGGAGUUUACUUUAUCAUUUUACAAAGCUCCGGGGAAGGUCUUAGAAGAGAUUAGAAGGCUUCAAAGCAAUUUUUUAUUGAGCGGGAAAGUAGAUAAAAAAAGUAUUCAUUGGGUGAAUUGGGAUAAGAUUUACAAACCAAAGAAGAAGGGUGGCUUAGGUGUGAGAGAUGUAAGAGAGGUUAAUAAGGCUCUUAUUCUAAAAUGGAAGUGGAGGAUUUUGAAGGAGGAUAAUGCUAUUUGGAGUAGAUUUGUAUUGUUGAGGUAUCACUAUCCAGAGCUAAAGGUGCAAGCUCCGAGAGGGGAAAUGUGUUGCAAAGAUGACUCUAUUUGGUGGAGGGACAUUAACAAUAAUGAUUUGCUCGACGAGUUUGUUGUUAAUGGUUUCUCCGGAUGUUACAAGUGCAAUUGUAAAAACGAAAAAGACACUCUUUUUUGGCAUAAUUUUUGGUUGGGAGAUCAAUCUCUUCGCGAGUCUUUCCCGGAAUUGUUUGAUAUGUCAACCAUCAAAAAUUGUGCGGUUGCGGAUUUGAUGGUGUUGGAAAAUGGCAGGUACAAGUGGACGCCGGGAUUGUUGUUCGGCAGCAGUGGAGUUUUGGCUGCUGCAGCAGCGGCUGUUCUGGACAGCGCUGGUUGCGCUCGUCUCUGCACCGAGCUGGACGUCAUGCAGCUUAACGUGGCGGAGAAUGACGGGUUUUCGUGGUGUAUCAAUUCGGAGAAUGAUUUUAAGGUGGCUAGCAUUUCCAACAUUGUUAGUGUUUCCAAAACUUUUGCUUGGGCUCCUAAUGUUAUCAAGUUGUUGAAGGUGAUGUGGAAUCUCAAAAUUCCUCCUAAAAUGAAAGUUUUUGCGCCAAGAUUUUUUGUCGGAAGAAUUCCUUCUAAUGAUAAUCUCUUGAAAAGGGGUAUGACGAACUUGGAUAAUUUGGAUUUUGUUUUUUGCGGUAUGCAUCUGGAGAAUUUCUCUCAUCUCUUUUUUAAUUGUCAUAUAGUGAAAGAUAUUUGGAAAAGCAUGUAUGGUUGA